AUGGUGCCCUCCGUGGCCGAGCUCGAUCGUAUUCCUGAGCGCGUCAUCCGCCUGCUCCGUCUCUCCAUCUACGGCGGCGCUGCCUUGGCAGCCUACAAGAUCCAGUGGAAGACUGUCCUCAAGGAUUUCUUCACCGGUCCAGGGCGCAUCAGCCGCAUCCUGAUGCUCAUCUUCGCGCUGUUCAACUUCAAGAACCUGCCUGGCAUGUGGACCAUCCGUCUCUGGCACGCCAUCCUCUAUCAUUGCUUCAUGCGCAAGUCUCCCCGCCUCGGUCCGCGCUCUCUCUUCCGCCCCUUGAUCUCCGAGUCGCACGCUCCCCUGACGGAGAUUGAUUACAACAUCCACAAGUCCAACUCGACGUACUUUUCCGACCUCGAUAUUGCACGCUCCCACAUGGCCUCCCACCUCUUGCGCCCCGGCUUCCGCAAGCUCACACACAACACGAAGACGGGCGUCAUCAUCGACGACAUCACCGGCAAGCCCCGCCGCGGCAACUUCGGCAUCAUGCUCGGCGCCGUCCACUGUUCCUUCCGCCGCGAGAUCACCGCGUAUGCGCCCUACGAGAUGUGGACCCGCAUCCUCGCCUGGGACCGCAAGUGGCUCUACAUGGUCACCCACUUCGUGCCCAAGGGCAUCGCCCGCCCCUCUGAGUACCUCGACACCAAGUUUGGCCGCGCGCGCACGCGCAAGGGCGGUCCCGACAGCAAAGAAGCCAAUGCGUGGAAGCACAAGAUCUACGCUACCGCCGUCAGCAAAUACGUCUUCAAGCUCGGCAGGUGGACGAUACACCCGAGCUACAUCAUUGACGGUAGCGAGCUGCUGCCGGCGCAUCCGAAGGGCCCCGAGGGUUGGCGCGGCGGACCCAACGGCGUAGGCGACGAGGAGGACCUCGGCGAGGUCGCCAACGAUGGAUCGUGGGACUGGAAGAUGGUUGAGAAGAGAAGGCGCGAGGGAAUGGUGUUUGCGCAGCAGUUUGCCAACCUCGAUACGCUGGAGUCGUGGUUCGAUGGCGGUGAUGGCGGCGAUGGCAGUGCCCUCGGAAGAUUUGGCUUGAGCGCGGCGUCCUGGUGA